AUGGUACCUCUACCUGUCGUUGCAACCAACACCUCCACCGGCACCACUGCGCCUCCUGUACCCGCACCCAUUCCGAACAACGCCAACAACGUACCGUUGACGGCACAAAACUACGUCCCACUCAUCAACGACAGCAUUGUCCCCCCUAAUCCAAACGGACCCAGACCGAUAUAUCCCGCGUUUAGCAACCAUUUCGCCACAGGGGCAGAAGCAAAGGCCUGGCGCACGCAAUCACGCGGAAUGAUCAAGGAUCAAGCACCAGAUCUCUUGCGGGUAAAGGAAUUCGGACGUAAUUACUGGGUCCGCCGCAUCUACGAAUCCAUCAUCGACAUCUCCAACAUAGACGACAGCAAGCAGUCGUGCCACCGCCGCCGCAUCAAGGAAGAACUAGCCUAUGACACCAAGGACCUCGAAGCCACGGCACACCACAUCUUUGACCGCGCCAUCGGUGUGCACGAGGUUGGAUGGAACAGGCUGCUUCUCUACCACAAGGAAGCCAAGCGGGGCAAGCUUAUUGAUCUGGGCGAGAGGUGUCUGGAGAGGAGACUCGCUUGCAUUUGCACGGCGCUGCAGCAGCAAAAGGCCGUCGUAGAUGAUGCCUUGAGAGGUGGUAUCACGCUGAGGCUGCUGUGCGAUAACCCAACGGCAAGGGCUGCUACCAAGAAAUCCAACAAUGCAGGGAAUAGGAAGAGGGGGUUGAAGCUCAAGGUUUUGAAGAAGAUGGGUGUCAAGGUUCCCGAUGUGUCUGAAGAGCAGGAGGAGCAGGAAGAACAGGAGCCUGAGGAGUCGGAGGAGCAGGAGGAUCUUGAGGGAUAUGAGGGAUAUGGGGAUGCUGAGUGA